UUUUGAGAAAAGAGACUUGUUGAAAUUGUCACACAUGCCUCCUUGGCACUUCUAGUCUUCAACAAGUUUUCUCUGCGCCAUAAUGCCGCCAGUGUGGUCCAAGUUUAUGGUUAUUUAUUAAGUGUGCGCAUCAACUGCCAUAUCUUUUAAAGGAAGAUAUCUUAGAUUUUUAUUUUUAUUAUUUUUUUGGCUGUGAGUAAUUUAGAUGCCUACUUUUUCAGUGCGCAGGGAGACAGAAUAAAAGUUGCGUGUUGGCCAGCGCGCCCCUGCGUCCGCCCUGUCCUGCAGCAACAUGUCCCGUCGGAAACAGAAACGACCCCAGCAGCUUAUGAGCCUGACCCUCGGUGCCUGUCGGAUACUUGAGCAUGAUGACCAGUUGGAAGUGAAGCCACUCUGCUUUCCGUUUAUUACGUCUUCUCCCUUGUGCUCUCCAUCUUCUUCUCCUCAACACUCUCAGCUGUCCCUGACUCUUCAACCAUCUAUCAAGGGCUCUCAGACUCCCAGUCUACCCAGUAAGGGUCAACCUCCAUCCUAUUCGUCCAAUCAGCCAUCCCAAGAGACCCUCAAAGGUCCUCAGACCUCCCUCACUCCUGACUUCUCACACUCCUCUCUCUCCACCCAAAGUCAAUAUCCACUCACCCUUCAACUCCUUGAUAUCAGUCCGACAACUUCAGUCAGUAGACUCAUCCACAUUUCCCGUAGUGAAAAAAUGGCCUCUCCCAAGCUGGGUGUGUCAGUCACUACCACCACUUCAUCCUCAUCCUCAUCCUCCUCUGCCUCCUUAUGGCCCCCACCACACCCUGGAAGCCCCAGCCGUGUCCCCGAAGGCCCCCCAAGUCCUGUUACUCCAACUCCCAGCCCAGGAGUGACAUCUGCCUCAGUUGCACCAUCUCGGGCACAGCUGAGCAUUGCUCUUAUCUUGGAGGAGCUGCGAGUUCUUCAGCAACGGCAGAUUCAUCAGAUGCAGAUCACAGAGGAGAUCUGUAGACAGGUUUUAUGUCUUGGUGGUGUCUCUUAUACAACAGAAACACCUCAGCAACUUCUUCCUCCUUUUCCUCAGCUUUGCCUGGAAAGCAGUAAAAGACCGGAUAGCCCAACAGCCCAGCCAACAGCUCCCCAGCCCUCCACAUCUGUAGCUCCACUUCUGGAAUGUUUCUCCCCUCUGCUACCCUCUCAGGCAACCAACAAACCUUCAAAGACUAGCAACUCUAUGUCUCAAAUCCUGCAACCCCACAGGCCACAGAUGGAAGGGACUGGAGGAACUACAGGAGUUCACAAUUAUCAAAGGGUUACUUCUCACUCAUCAGUGCCCUCCACAUCCUCUUCUGCCAUCUCUAUGGCCUCUUCUAGCUACCCACUGGCCCUUUCUUUAGUUUUGCCCAACCGCUAUCUGAAUGAGAAAUCUCUGAACACUGCUUCAGUUAGUGGGAACAGUGGCCCGUCCUUCUUCAACCCAUCCACCCCCACAUCAACAUCUAGUGUACCACCCUCUGAAAAUCAAGGAACAUCUUCUGGAGACUCUUCUUCUGCAUCCAGCAAUGCCACUACUGGCCGUCUCCAGCAUGCUUGCCGUUUUUGUGGAAAAAUGUUCACCAGUGAUUCUGCUCUGCAGAUACAUCUGCGGUCGCACACAGGGGAACGACCCUAUCAAUGCCCAGUGUGUCUCAGCCGCUUCACCACACGGGGAAACCUGAAGGUGCACUUCCUACGCCAUCGUGAGCAAAACCCAGACCUCUCACUUUCUCUUCUGCCACCAUCUUUGUUUGGAGUAGCAUUGGGAGCUACUGGUGGAUCAGAUCUGGGACAGUCCAUUAGCAGCAGCAAUACUAUGAAUGUGAUUCAGAAGAAAGAAAAAAACAGGCCUGAGGAUGAAACACGUGGAGAUAAUUUAGAGGCCAGUGGUACCAGUAGCAGCUUUUCUUUGGGGGCCUCUAGUGGACUUACCCCUUCCACCCUCCCACUGCCUCCUACUGUGGAUCUGGCUUUGAUUUCACAUUCUCUUCUGCAGCUCAACAGGGCUGCAGCUGUAGCUGCUGCAGCAUCUAUUGCUUCCGCCUCAUCCCAAUCCUCUUCCUCCUCUUCAGCCUCCUCCUCUUCUCUAGCUACCUCCCUGCUCUCAAACACUUCCUUGUCUUCCUCUUCCACUAUCACAGGGUUAUUCAAGGGUGUCAAGCAACAGCACUUUGAUGAGAAUACUCCCCCCUAUGCCCCCUUGCCUCCUUCUGCAAACUAUUCUCAACUAGCCCACCUGCCAAAACUCCUUUUUCCAUCUGCCUCUACUUCCUCUACCUCAACCACACAGCCAUCCCUCUACAACCAUCCAGCUUUGAGUUUGUUACGGACCCCGCUGACGACUACCGCAGGCUCCCAUCAUUUUACCUCUUCAAGUCAUUCUCAUCUCGCUUUCCCUUUCUCAUCCUUUCCUAAAGUCCAAGGUCACACCACCACCACAUCAUGUGCCCUGCCUUCCUCUAUGGCCAUCUCCACUCCUACAUCUGAAACAUCCAAGCUGCAGAGCCUGGUGGAUAAGCUAGACAAGGCACCUCCCUGUUCCUCUCCUCUAUGGGCUCCUUCCUCAGCUUCAGCAUCCAUGGCAGAGUUAUCUCGCAGAAACAAUACCUCUACAGUAUGUUCAGUUAACAGUUGCUUCACAAAUGCCAGUACAUCUACCACCUAUGUCACAGCAAACACACCGUCUUCCACUCUUGUCACUACUUCUGUUUCAAACUUUACCCGUGAGAUAGUUGCUGCUUUAGGUAUGAGUGCUAAUGGAGCUAACAUCAUGGUAGGGGGCAUGCUGCCAUCACUGAACAUCACAGGUUCACCUGGUAACCUGACAGCUAAUCAGUGUGGGGUGUGUCUUCGUGUGCUAAGCUGUCCCAGGGCAUUGCGUCUGCACCAGGCUACACACCUUGGAGAACGUCCUUUCCCAUGUAAGAUAUGUGGACGAUCUUUUUCUACCAAAGGCAGCCUGCGGUCACAUAUGGCCACUCAUCAUGCUCGACCACCCAAUGCACGGAUCCAGAACUCCUGCCCACUCUGCCAACGUAAGUUCACUAAUGCCCUUGUGCUCCAGCACCAUAUCCGUAUGCACCUUGGUGGGCAGUUGCCUUCAGAUGGCACAGAGGAUUCUGCACAUGAAACAUCAACUGAAUCAAAUGACAAACCACUGUCACAAUCUCAGCCCCAGGCCACUGACCCACUCACAAGUAAGACACCACUUCUAGUGGCAGCCAGGAGUUCUAAGAGCCCAGUUUCUAGCUGUCAAACUCCAGCAUUUGGCUCUACCUCAGUGCCAUCACCAGAGUACAUCCAAAAUCCAGUCAAGUGUGGAUCUUCCAGCCCUGACUUCAUCCCACCCUCUGACCUUAGCCCAGACCCCUAUUUGAAUCCCACCACACAGCCUCCACCUCUCGGUAGUGUAGAACCCCCUGUUCUUUGUAGCAGUGCUGGCUUUCCUCCUCUUGACAACGCAUAUCAAAUUUCCCAAGGUGAUGAAGACAGACAAGGUGAACAAAUAUCCAGUACUGAUGUACACCCGCCUAAAGUCACUGCCUCAGCAGUUUCUUCUGUUGUGACUGGAACUGCAGUAUCAUCUAAUGCCACAGACUAUGGAGAAAAUGAAGCAUCUACCUCAGCUGAUGCCUUCCUUAGCUCCACAUCAAACCCAAAUGACUUGCAAAGCACAUCUGGCCAUGACACGCCCUUUGAUUACCCCUGUACCAGCACCUUCUCCUCCUGUAAUUCUAUCCCCAGUCAAGACCUCUCCAAUGUUCAUGCAGAACCAACUGAGAAAUUAGAGGUGUCUCCAAGAAGACAAUCCCCUGAACCCAUGGAAGAGGACAAAAUUAGUUCUCCUCUAUCAGAAACACCUAAGCACGACCAAGCAACUGUGCCUGAUGAACUUUCGAAGAUGAAGUCUACUUCAGAGAAUGCUGACACUGUUGUUGCUGAAGUAAGUGGUGCAUCACAGAAACCUUCCACUUUUGCAAGGGAGUCACAUCAAAACUUCCAUUUAUGCACAUACGGGAAGGAGGACCGAGCGGAAGGUGCUAAGAUUAAGGGAGCAGAUCCAAGUGAAGUGCUUGAUGCUUCUGUUCCUGUCAGCCUUACCCCAACACUCCCAUCUCCAAUGUCUCGCCCUGAGAAGAAGACUUAUUGUUGUGCUGAGUGUGGAAAAGAGUAUGCUAGCCGCAGUGGACUUAAGGGGCACAUGAAACACCAUGGUGUAGUAACUAAAGCAACACGUCCUCCAUCCAGGAGCAGUCGUUCCUCCUCUGACCAGCUUCCUACUUCCAUGACUUCCUUUAACAUUCCUGCCACCAGGAGCUCAGCUGGCUUCUGGAACCAGUACAAAAGUUUCCUCAACACCGAUGUAACCAAUGAACCCAGCCAGGGCUUAGUCGGUGGAACCAGAGGAGAAAAGGAGGUGAUUCCACAUCCAGUAAAAUCACCUGUGCGACCUCAGAGUGAUCCAAGAGUCUCUGAGGACAACCAGGAAGAGUCUGGUGAAGGGACAAAACCCCAGUGAAUGUGACUGGCUGAAUGUUGUUUUGGUGUUUUCAAACAGUGCUUACCCCUUUUUGAAAUGGUGUGACUUCAGCAUUGUACUGCUUCUUAGAAGCAUUUUGAGUAGCCUCUACGUUGACUAGUCAGUGUAACAUGUUUGUAAAAGUUGUGAGGGCUUGUGGUUUAAAACAAGAUGUCUCUUGUUUAAAUAAAGUUUAAAAAGUGAGUCCAGUUAUUGCUGGAAUUUUUAAAAAGUGAGAUUAUCCUUGUUUGGCGGAAAUGUGCAAAUUCUAAUACGAGUCAAGAGUAGCUUUGUUGUGCUCUGUUGUUGGAUUAAGUCAAUUUCAUUGUUUGAAUAAGGUUAAAAGUAAUUAUAAUAUAGUCAGAUGACAGUGGGGGCACAGUUCUGCUAAUUAGCAAGGUUAAUAUUAGUGGAUUAGCCUUUUGACUAACUUUUGAAACCAUUAGAGGACCAUUUAGCUUCCACUAAAUUUAGUUCAGCAAACUUUAAGUUAGCUAAUAUUUUU